AUGCCAUCUCGAACUCUCCCACGCAGUUUUGGCGUAGCCAUGCUCGUGCUGCUGCUGCUUCAGCUGCCCAUGGUCCAAGCUAGUCUGUCAGUUCCUUCCCUGGUGAACAUCUUGAACAUGAAUCAUGAUUUCUUCACCUUCCGAGCCGCCAUGAAGUUGUCCGGGUUCUGGUCCGAAUUGGCACUCUACACGGUCAAUGAUACCACCAAUGAUACCAGUAGUACCACCACCAGUAGUGGCUAUACUCUGCUGGCACCCGACAAUGAAGCCUUUGAAAAGAUUGCUGGAAAGUAUCUGGAACCAGAUUGGCAGCCCUAUCUGCUGGCAUUGGUCGAGUACCACAUUGUCGUGGGCACGUUCUUGUCGGAUCAGUUGGUCGAGCGGGGAGAAGGUGCAACCUUUGCCACUCUGUUUGGCGGCAAGAAUGUUACAUUGACCGAAGGUGAUCCUUUGAUAUUCAAUGACGACGGAAUGCUCAUGGAUGGAAAUCUAGUGGCAUCCAAUGGUGUCGUUCAUCAUCUUAAUUCUGUCUUGAAACCACCCAACAUGCAACUGUCCUUGCUGGAACAACUCGCGUUGGAUCCCACUGUUUCCAUUUUCUACGAGCUCUUGCAAAUGGCAGCAUCCGACAAUAACAAUGACUGGGCAGCGGCACUCUUGCCAUCUGUGGACAACGAAGGGCCCUUUACAUUGCUGGUGCCACACAAUGACGCCUUUGCGGAUUACGACUACCAGACGCUCACCAACGAAUCGGCCACGGCCACGGUCCGAAACCACAUUAUACUCGAUGCCAUUGUCAUGGCAUACCAACAGCAACAACCCACUGUCGUGGUUACAUUGAAUGGCGAAUCCUUGCUCGUGGACAGCACUGGCAUUCCCGACUUUGGUAUCCAAUUUCAUUCCUCACAAAAAGAUACCUUGGCAAGCGACGGAGUUUGGCACAUUGUCGACACGGUCAUUUGGCCCGCAGAAGUAUUUGAUGAUGCGCUAGAUUUCGUCGAAGACCUUGUCUUUGAAGAACAAGACAUGGCGAAUACCACCAAUGCCACCAAUUCGACUUUGUCUCGUUUCCUUCAACGAGGAACCCGUACCCUGACAGAGUACAAUUUCACCACGGUAAUGGCGGAUGAUAAUACAUGGGACUGCGAUCCCCUGGAGCAGGAAUUUGCACCGUCGUGUUGUCCCCUCCGGGAUCUGCAGUUUGAAGAAUUCUGUAUCAGUCUAUUCGGAAGAGCCCAUUACAAUAGUACCGGCAUGAUUGAAGCUCAUGCUCCAUGGAUUGGAGAAUACGGUGUGGAUGGGGAUCCUCAUGUCUAA